UUCAGUUAGGAGCAGAAGUUGAACAGCGCGAGCCGAGACAGAGCUCUAGAAAGGCAGAUAGCGAGAGAGCAGAGGCAACGGCCCUCUUCUGGAGGGGGGGCUUAUUAUAUCAAAUAUAUACACACAUGUGUGAACUGUUUGGCCGCACGAUAUAGGUCACAUGUGGAUAACAGUAAUUUUAGAAAAGCAUACAACUGCGGCUUUACAUUUAAAAUGCCUAUUUUACUUUUCCUGUUAGACACGUCCGCUUCUAUGAAUCAGCGCACUUAUUUGGGUACGACGUAUCUGGACGUUGCUAAAGGCGCGGUUGAGGUCUUUAUGAAGCUGCGUGCCCGAGACCCGGCUAGUAGAGGCGACAGGUACAUGCUAGUUACAUUCGAUGAUCCGCCAUACGGAGUGAAGGCAGGCUGGAAGGAGAACCACGCCACCUUCAUGUGCGAGCUGAAGAACCUGCAGGCGUCUGGGCUGACUACAUUAGGUCACGCUCUCCGCACCGCUUUCGACCUGCUUAACCUCAACCGCCUCAUCUCCGGCAUCGACAACUACGGACAGGGCCGUAACCCCUUCUUCCUGGAGCCAUCUGUGAUCAUCACUAUCACGGAUGGGAACAAGCUUACGCACAGCUCUGGGGUGCCGGAUGAGCUGCACCUUCCUCUGAACUCUCCAUUGGCGGGCAGUGAGCUGACCAAGGAGCCCUUUCGGUGGGACCAGCGUCUCUUUGCGUUGGUGCUGAGGCUGCCGGGAGCCGCCACGCCAGACACCGAGCAGCUCGGUAGCGUCCCCACGGACGAGUCUGCCAUCACCCAGAUGUGUGAAGUCACCGGAGGGCGAUCGUACUGUGUGCGGACACAGAGAAUGUUGAACCAGUGUCUGGAGUCUCUGGUCCAAAAGGUUCAAAGUGGUGUCGUCAUCAACUUCGAGAAGACGGGGCCAGAUCCGCCUCUAGUUGGGGACGACAACUCAGUGGAGUCAAGUCGUCCUGUGUCGUCCUUCAGCACACAGCCGUGGCACAGUUGCCACAAACUCAUCUACGUGCGGCCGAACCUGAAGACAGGGGUUCCAGUUGGGCAUUGGCCCAUUCCAGAGUCCUUCUGGCCAGAUCAGAAUUCUCCUAGCCUGCCACCGCGCUCUGCACAUCCCGUGGUGCGGUUCUCCUGUGUGGACUGUGAGCCCAUGGUGAUCGACAAGCUUCCCUUUGACAAGUAUGAACUGGAGCCAUCUCCACUCACCCAGUACAUUUUGGAAAGGAAGUCUCCACACAUGUGCUGGCAGGUGUUUGUUAACAGCAGCGGGAAGCUAAAUGACCUGGGACAGCCCUUUGGCUACCUUAAAGCCAGCACCACUCUAACCUGUGUCAACCUGUUUGUCAUGCCUUACAACUACCCAGUGCUUCUUCCACUCCUCGAUGAUCUGUUUAAAGUGCACAAACUAAAGCCAAACCUCAAGUGGCGGCAGGCCUUUGAGAUGUACCUGAAGACAAUGCCUCCAUACUUCUUCUCGCCCUUAAAAAAGGCGCUGAGGAUGAUGGGUGCGACUAAUCUUAUUGCAGACACCAUGGACUGUGGCCUGAGUUACAGCGUCAUCUCUCACCUGAAGAAGCUCAGCCAGCAGGCAAAGAUGGAAUCAGAUCGCCUCAUCGUGUCGGUGGGGAAGAAGGCUCCACAAGAACCCGGCAUAAAGGUGAAGAACCACUCCAGCUCUCUCUCUCUGGCCCACCGGCAAGACUUUAAACAGCUGCUGCAGGGAAUCACUGGCGAGGGGCCCCUUCGCCUGGUGGACAUCAACUUCAAAGAGUUUGCUGGCUUCCAGAUCGCCCUGCUCAACAAGGAUCUGAAACCUCAAGCUUAUCGAAACGCUUACGACAUCCCAAGACGGAACCUUCUGGAUCAACUCACCCGGAUGCGCUCCAAUUUGCUGCGGACGUCGCAAAAACUGAUCCGAGGGCAAGACGAAGACUAUCUGCACAGUAUCCCAGUGGCUCAGAUGGGAAACUAUCAGGAAUACCUCAAAAUGAUGCCGUCUCCUUUGAGAGAGAUCGACCCUGACCAACCUAAACGCCUACACACCUUUGGGAAUCCGUUCAAGCAGGAUAAGAAGGGGAUGAUGAUCGAUGAGGCAGAUGAGUUUGUAGCAGGCCCUCAAAACAAGAAAAGAGGAAAUUCCAUCGACGCCAACUCGAGUACUACAAUGAAGAGAAGGCGGAGCAUGUCCCCGUUACUGCGGCGGCCACAGACUCCGCCAGCGAGCACCAACCACGUGGUGGCGGAAAAGACUCCGGUAGAGGUUCAAGAGCAGCAGAACCCCCUCAAACCCAUCCCACAGCACAUAGGAGUGGAUGACAACAACGUGGCGGUCACUGAGAGUAACGGUGACGGUGUUCUUGAGCCCGAGUCGGGGGAGAUCUGGCCCGCUGAGAUGGACACUGUCGCAGAGAGUCCAUCUCCACUGAGCCUAGAGGAGAAGGCCGGGCUGGGAGUGACAGAUCCAGAAGCGGACAUCUACAUGCCGGAGGAGAGGGUGGUGGAAGUUAGUCUAGAUGAGCAGACGCUGGAGGAAAAACACAACUGUGACCGACUGAGUCCACAGAGCCUGCUGGAGGACCCCUACGCUGACCCUGCGGCGCUUGAGACCAUUUUCAUCGCCCCACUCGAUGGGAGCCAAGCGGAGCUCAGGAGUCAGGUCAUCAAGGAGGUCCGCAAACCAGGGCGAAACUAUGAGGCAAUACUCGGUCUCCUGCAGCAGGUGAAAGGUCCAGUUAAUGUUCAAAGGUACUUCAUCCAACAUGCGAUCAAAGAGGCUGUCAGGUUCAAGAAGCGAGUACUGAUCCAGCAGCUGGAGACGUCCCUCGCCGAGUUGGAGGAGAAGCAGGCAACAUCCUCACAGCUUCCCAAUGACCAUGGAAGUUAGUGACGAAGACUGAUUUCAUCACUAGG